CUGGCAUUGGUUUUCAAAAUCACGGAGCCCCACCCAAACCCAAAAUCCUUCCUCCUUCCAAACCAAAAAAAUUCCCCGCCACCAUGGCCUUGUCCUCCCCGCCACCGGAUCCUCCUUCCUCCACCGCUCCGCCCACCACCGCCACCGGAACGGCAGCCCUCGCCCCCCGGAUUUUCACAAAUCCACCGCCAGCACCUCCGGCGGCGCCAGCAAGAGUCUCUCAGCAAACUCACCAUCAUUAUCUCUACACCGCAGCGGCGGCGGCUGCUCAACCCUAUCCAUACGUGGCCAACCGAGUGCCCUCAAUUCAAUUAGGGCAUCCUCUCAAUAACAACAACAGUAAAUCGCAUCACGAUCCGUCGUUGCCUCAGGGAAUUCUCUACCCGGUGGCCUCGUCCGGCCGUGGCUUCCUCCCUAUUCGUCCCCAAUCCGCCGCUGAUCACGCUGGAAUCGCAGUCCCCAAUCCCCCUCAGGCCGGUGGCACCGCCGCCGCCUUGCAGCCUCGGCCAGUGGUGGCGGCAGGGCCGUACCCGCAAAACCAGCUCCACCCCAUUCCGCCUUUUGGGGUUGCGACCUUUCCCAAUUCGGACCUCAUCAGGCCUGCUCACUUGCACCAUUCUCUUCUGGGUUCGGCCCCUGGCAUGAUGCCAGCCAUGGCCAAGGGCGUGCCUGCCUCUGCCCACCAAAAGGUUGCUCCAUCUCACCCUUCAAUUUAUGAUGGUAAUGGCUACAAGGACUUGAGGGACAGGAGUAGGGAUGACAGAGUGGUGAUUGUUAGAGAUCGAGAGGUGAGGAUUUAUGAUGGUUCUUCUCUUUAUGCCCUCUGUCGGUCGUGGAUGAGGAAUGGCUUUCCUGAAGAAAGUCAGCCUCAAUAUGUGGAUGGUGUGAAGUCACUUCCAAAACCUUCACCUACACCUGUGGCAGAUUCUCAUUCGCCUACCCAAAAGGAAGGUGAUAAAGAAGAGGAGGAGGAAUCUUUUGAGCAUUUAUCUCCAGCGGACCUAUUACAAAGACAUAUCAAACGUGCUAAAAGGGUUCGAGCCCAGUUAAGGGAAGAACGGCUUCACCGAAUAGCGAGAUAUAAAACUAGGCUCGCCCUACUCCUGCCUCCACUUGUGGACCAACAACAGUUCAGAAAUGACACAGUUGCUGGGAACUGACUUGGAUGAUCUGAAAUCCUUCCUUUGAUAUUGGCUCCUUGCCGGCAUGGGUUCCUGAUUGCCCCUCUCAUCACUGAACUGAAUGAGAGGUAUAGCUCUCCACUUGAUUGCAUAACGUAAUGGAGAGCAGGUGAAUCAGAAUGUGAGCGGCAUGGCAAACCAUUUGGCUUUUGUUCUUGUAGAAUGUAGCUUUUAAUUGUCACCAGCUUUGGUUCUUGAGACCUCUCCUCUUUGUGCAGCCUUGAGAUGGAAUUUUCAAGAUGAUGUUUUGGGAUUCUUUUUCAUGAUCCAGUAGUUGAAUGAAGCUUUGACGGUGUUUAGUUUGAAAUUGUUGGAGUUUGGUUUGUUAAUUAGUUUUAAAAAAUUAUUCA